GCUUCCGGUUCCGGGGCGCGGAGCGGCGCGGAGCGAUGCGGCCGCUGACGGAGGCGGAGACGCGGGCGGUGUUCGAGAAGCUGGGGCGAUACAUCGGCGAGAACAUCCAGCUGCUGGUGGACCGGCCCGAUGGCGCGUACUGCUUCCGCCUGCACCGGGACCGCGUGUAUUACCUGAGCGAGAAGCUGCUGAAGGUGGCAGCGAGCGUCCCCCGGGACGGCCUGGUGGCACCGGGCACCUGCUUCGGGAAGUUCACCAAGACGCAGAAAUUCCGGCUCAGCGUCACCGCCCUGGAUUUCCUCGCGCCCUACGCCAAGCACAAGGUGUGGGUGAAGCCCGUCGAGCAAUCCUUCCUCUACGGCAACCACGUCCUGAAGUCGGGCUUGGGACGCAUCACCGAGAACACACCCCAGUACCAGGGGGUGGUGGUGUUCUCCAUGGCCGACGUCCCGCUGGGCUUUGGCGUGGCUGCCAAAUCCACCCAGGAGUGCCGCAAGUUGGACCCCCUGGCCAUCGUGGUGUUCCACCAGGCCGACGUCGGGGAGUACGUGCGGAACGAGGACGCGCUGACCUAAGGGAACGCUCAGCGCGCCGCCGACGCAAGCGUGCCUGGGUGGGACGGAGCUUAUCCCGCACCCUUGGUGCAGGGAGCCACCCCGAGUGGGGCGGAGGGGCUGGGAGCUGCCACCACCCCCGGGGGGCCGCUGUCACCGGGAAGAGGAGCUGCCCCCUGGCCAGACCUGGCCCUGCUGUCACAUAAAGCCUGUUCCUUUUCCCA